AUGCCUCCCAAGCAAAAAGCAUCCUCUUUGAACCCUCUUCCAGUCAACCCACUUUCUUCCAGCAAGAUGCUCUGGGCAUCAGACCAGACCAAAGUCCAAAUUCCUCGUUGGAAUGUUUCUGGACAAACAGAAAUUGGGAAAUUAGGCUCACCAGAAAUGGUUUACAGAGAGUUUAUGAAUUCCGAGAGAGGACCAAUGAAAACCAUUGAUUUAUCGAAUUAUUAUUGGGCAGGAGAAGAGGCAAAAGUACGUGAGGAGGAACAAAAUAGAAUCAAGAGACUAUAUGAUUAUGGAGCCAAGUUGUUAAAGUUGAUUAAAAACAGUUUACCCGAGAUUCCGAAUGAUAAAAUCGAAAACAUGGAAGCUCAACAGCAAUUUGUUGAGGAAAUUUUGAAAAAGAAUAAUUUGUGGGAUGGCCAAAUGACAUUGUUGCAGAAAGCUUUCCAAUCCGAUAUACAUAUUGACAAAUUUAUUGACUUCAUGAUCGAGCUUUGGCCUGAACCAACAGCAUCAAAGCUCAUUUAUUUGUUGCACAUUCUCACAAAUAAUGACUGUGUGAAGACAAACAUUCGUAGAAGACAUAUCAUUAGAAUUUGCAACUUUAUCAUGCAUGAAGAGAGUUUUGAGAAUGUGUGCAAUUUUAGUCUUCAAAAUUUUUGUUCAGUCAUCUAG